AUGAGUAAUUACAUUAGACAAGAAUCCUUUGUAGAAGAACGAAAAUAAGUUACUCUCCCUGUUGUUUAAUUGAAGACGACAAAGUAUAUUAGAUCAGAGAGACCAUAAACAUAUUAAUUUUGGCAUAAAAAAGGAAAAUAAAAUUCAUACUAAAGCAGAGUGUUAAGCACAAAUUACUAAUUGUAAACCCAAUAGAUUCCUGGAUAAUCUAUAUUACUUGGAGGUUGUGGUUAGACUUAAUAAUGUUGCACUCCUUGCGGUUAAUCAUCUUGUGGGCCAUAAUCAUAAGCAGUAGUAAGAUUGGGAGUAGUAUCAAGAGAAGAAAUUGAAGCACCUUGGAGAGAUGAAGUGCUCUAUUUAUAAUCGCUUAUUGCAGAAUUAGAAAAGAAGAAAGAGGUGUAAAUAGUUAAAGAGGUGGAUAAUACAAGAGUUCAUGAACUAGAAGAUGAGAAUGAGAGAUUAAGAAUUUUAAUUUAGUAAACUCGAAGUGAGGUGAUUACAUAAAGAAUUACAGAAGUCAAUAAUGAGGCGGAGGUGUGGAAGAGAAAGUUUUAAGAAAUCAACCAUGAUUAUAGUGAGACCCAGGAGAAGUUGAUGAAUGCUGAAAUCGAACUAGAAGCCUUGAAAAAGCAAAAGAUUGUAACAUCAAGUAGUACAGUAACGAGGUCAGUUGUGAAAACUUCAGGUUCAACUGUCAGAUAGUCGGUGUCUGGUAUUAAGCCUAUUGUUUGA